AUGUAUGACGACGAAGUUGAGAUGAAAAGUGGCAGUGCUAUUCAAUCAGCGCCAGCAGCUUAUGAUGGCGGCGAUGAGUAUCGCCAGGGACAGAAGUUAGAAAGAUACUUGAAUUUCUUCUCUUCCUUGGCGUUCUCUGCCACGUUAGUUGCUUCGUGGGAGACAACGGGUGCAGGUUUGCAGGCCGGUCUUUUCAAUGGCGGCCCUGCAGUUAUUGUCUAUGGGCUUAUCAUCAGUGCAAUCGGAAACUUGGCAAUUGCUUGCUCUUUAGCUGAGCUGGCUACUGUACAUCCCACAGCUGGCGCACAGUAUCAUUGGACAUAUAUCCUCGCCCCGGGGUAUCGUCGGUUCUUUAGCUUCUUCCAAGGAUGGGUUUUCUCAUGGGCCGCCCUUGUGUGCAUUGCCCCGUUCAUUAUCGGUAACCAGAUCGCAGGAAUGGUUGUCCUGAGCCAUCCUGAGUACGACCAACAAAGAUGGCAUGGCACCUUGCUUAUGUGGGCAGUCCUUCUUAUCCCAAUCAUCAUCAAUGUCUUUGCUCGUCGCCUCCUCCCUCUCGUCGAGGUCGCUGCUGGUAUCAUGCAUUGUGUCUUCUUGCCUGUGACUAUUGCUGUUUUCCUCAUUCUAGCCCCUCGAAAUCCUGACGCUUUUGUUUGGGACAACUUUAUCAGUGGACUCAGUGGCUGGAAGGAUCCAGGGGUAGUAUUUUCUGUUGGACUCCUGGGUGUUAUAGCGCCUUUUACCGGUGUUGACGGUGUCAUUCACAUGGCCGAAGAAGUCAAGAAUGCGAAAACUGCCAUCCCAAGAUCCAUGAUUUGGGGUACACUUAUCAAUGCCGUCAUGGCCUUUAGCUAUGCUAUCACCGUGCUUUACUGCAUGGGAAAUUACGAGGAGGCACUUACUAGCGUGACGGGCUAUCCUGUCAUCCAGAUCGCCUAUCAAGCCAGUGGUAACAACCUCGCCGCUACAUACGUCCUCAUGGCGCUGGGUAUUCUCCCCGGCUGGGUUGCCCUCUUCAACAGUCUUGCCUCCGUCACUCGGUUGACCUGGGCCUUCGCUCGAGACAAUGGUCUUCCUUUCUCCAACUUUUUUGUGAAAGUUGAUCCUCGCCUUAAAAUCCCCGUUCGGGCGCUUUUUCUCGUGGCAGCCUGUGUGGUGGUCCUUUCCUUUAUCCAAAUCGGAUCCACUGCCGCGUUCAAUGCGAUCUUAUCCUUGAGUACUGAGGGCAUAUUUAUCUCCUACCUCAUUCCUCUUGUAUUCCUAGUAUUCAAGCGUUUUACGGCACCUGGAGACAUUCCACAGGGCGAAUUCUCACUUGGCAAAUGGGGUCUCCCGAUAAAUAUAGUGGCCAUUCUCUUCGCCACUUACUUUGCAAUCUUCUUACCCUUUCCACCCGAGGUACCGGUAACUGCUGAGGGUAUGAAUUACGCUGGCCCCGUGCUUGGUUUUGUCAUGGUAUUUGCUUGUGUGGAUUGGUUGGUUCGUGGGCGCCACAAAUGGAACGGACCUACAAUGAAUUUCUGCAGAGAAUGAAA